AUGGGCGAACCAACUACCCAGGCUAAACCUCCAUCUCAGCCGUUGCCUCCGGGAAUGGUCCUAGGACCCGACGGCAAGCCAUGCAAGAUUUGUACCGCGUUCCGCAACUGGAAGCCGAAUACGAGCGGGCAAUACAAUUCCAAGGCAGCUAGCGCCGCAUCACUCUCUGCUGCUGCCACUGCUGCCACUGCUGCCACUGCACCGGCAAUUUCCGAGCCAGCUUCACGGGAGAACUGUCCACCAGACGUGGAAGUACUGGGCCGAGCAACCUGGGCGUUCCUACAUACCACCGCCGCGUACUACCCCGACAAGCCCAACGUGAAUCAGCGCGCCAACAUGCUGAACUUACUUCACGCCCUGCCGACCUUAUAUCCGUGCUCGCACUGUGCCGACCAUCUGGGCCAGGAGAUGAAGUCGAAUCCGCCAGACGUGAGCUCCCGCACUGGACUCAGCUGGUGGUUAUGCCAGAGGCAUAAUGAAGUCAACGAGAGGUUGGGGAAGAAGAAAUUCGAUUGUGCGAAGACGGACGAGCGGUGGAAGGACGGUCCCUCGGAUGGAAGCUGCGACUAA